AUGUCUUCGGCCAUGAGCUUCGCUCAGACUGGCCAGCUUUCACCCAUCAGCAAUGGCAUGGAUGCGCCCUAUCAUGGGGCUGACCAGUCAGGCAAUUCUUGUUGCUCUUCCUCUUCCGCUUCGGCUUCGGCUUCGCCUGAACUGACCCAGUCGACGGUGUCUCUAUCUUCUAUUGGGCACUGGGAGAUGGGACUCGACAGUCACCAUGGCAGUACCGGCCACGGCCACCACCAUGAGCUGUCAUGGGACCCGGACUCAGACGACAACAUGUUGCCAUUGCCGAAACUAGAGCCAUUGGACGAAGACGACUUCUGCAUGGACCAUAUCAAGGAAGCUCCCACAAACACACUUACAAACAGCGACGGUUCGAUGCCAGAUCAACCAAAGGCGAAGCGACCCCGUGGUCGGCCUCGCAAGCACCCAAUUGCGCCGGUUGUCCCUGCAAACAAGGUCACGAAAGGUCGAUCCAAGACAGGCUGCCUCACUUGUCGGAAGCGCAAGAAGAAGUGUGACGAGGCAAAGCCGCGGUGCAUGAACUGCGAAAAGAACGCCGUUGUGUGUGAGGGUUAUCCCGAGAAACAAAUCUGGAAGAGUGGUAGAGAGAGGGCCGAGGAGGAACGCCUCAAGACCCACAGUUUGCCGUCCAUCACAAUGCAGCCACUGUUCCACGGGCUCGAGACGGUCGAGGAUAGGAUUUUCUGGAAGCAUUAUAACGAGCAUCUCAGCACGGUGUUGACCGUUGAGGGAGAACACAAGAACGCCUUCAAGGACAUGAUGGUGCCGAUUGCGGUCAAGCAUCAAGGUCUCAUGCACUCCAUCCUUUCGUUGUCCAGCAAACAUAUCGACUAUGAUACACCCUACGGUCUCAACGUCCUCAAGAAUAACCCAUCGACCUCUACUCGCAAGCUCCACGAAAGGUCGCUCUACCACCACGAUCAAGCCAGGCAAAAGUUUUACGAGGACGUGGAGGUUAGCGACGGCAUGAACCCCCAAGACAAGCUUCGCGUGUCUGCCCGUUAUGGCCAGAUGCUUUGCUUCCUCCUCGAGGCAUUGGCUGAGGGCAAUCCACGCGGUGAGCACCGGCUCCAUCUCUCGGCAUACAGGAGCCUUAUUUCGAGCUCGCCGCCGCAAGACUCGGCUUUCUUCUCGUUCAUUGCCGAGUUCUUCCAGUACCACAUCUUUGCUGAUGAGCUUAUUCAUUCCGUUUCAACUCUUCACCAUCGAGCGGUUCCCAAUGAUGCCAAUCACACACCGGCUAUCCACCCUCCCCGGCUCCUUGGUGUUGCCGAUGGACUCUUGGAGUACCUUCCUCAAAUUACCACGAUACGAAACACCAUCCGGCACAAUAUUGUCACUCAAAUCGAUCCAGUUGUUGACUACGUCAGCCUUUAUCGGGCGGCAGAAAUCGAUGCCGCUAUCAAGGACUGGACCCCUAACUGGCCCCGGGGAGACAAUCGUGACCGAGUAGGCCUUCUCUACAAGCAUAUGAUGUGGAUCUACCUUGUCAGAACCGUCUACCCGCCGUCCCCCUCGGCCCCUCUGCCUCUUACUAACUCCUCUGCCCACCCGUUUUCAACGCUGUCCAGUUCCUGCCACAAUCGGGCUGUUGUACCUGGGGUUACCACGCCGCCCAUGUCGACAUCAACAAGUUGCACCUCGUCGCCCAAGUUAGAGGGUUCAGACUAUAACAUGGGUUCUGUUCCCCUCCUCAGCGCCGCCCCGUCAUUGAGGGUCGAGUCGCCUCCACCCUCUCGAAAACCACUCCAGCAUGACCCGCGGAUUACGCUGGCCGUCGAGGAAUCUUUGGGCAUCAUGGAAUCUUUCAAGCCCAGCGAUCCAUGCCAAACCCUGCUCCUCCUCCCAUGCUUCAUCAUUGGUACGGCAUGCUUCACGCCGACUCAUCAGGAUAGGGUGCGUGCUGCUCUCAAAACUGUCAAGGGAUACACUGGCCUUAGAAACGCCGACCGCACCUUGGAAGUCUUGGAGCACGUAUGGCAGCUCAUGGAGAGUGGCGACUGGGCAGCAGUAUGGGACUGGCCCCGUGUCGCCCAGGGGUUGGGUUUGGAUUUUAUUCCCGCUUAA